AUGGGGGGCAAGCAGAGCACGGCGGGCGCCACGGCGGCGGGGCGCUCGCGCGGAGGCGGCGGCGGCGGCGGAGGCCCCGUGGCCAGCGACGACAGCGCGGUGCCGCCGCCCGGGGGAGCCCCGCACUUCGGGCACUACCGCGGCGGAGGCAGCGGCGGCGGAGGAGGCGGCAGCAGCAGCGGAGGAAGCGGCGGCGGGAGCUCGGCGAUGGGGCUGCGCAGCCGUUCCGUCAGCUCCGUGGCCGGCGUGGGCGUGGGGAUGGGCGGCGUGGAGCCGGCUGGCGCCGGCAGCGUCCCCUUCGGCCUGUACGCGGCGGCGGCAGCGGCCGGCACCGGCACGACCACCCCGGCCACCCCCACGGCGGCGGCUUCCUCGGGCGACUCGGAGCGGGAUGCAGGCGGCGGGUCGGGCGCGGACUCCGCCCCCUACGGCCAUGGCAACGGUUACCAGGAGACGGGAGGCGGUCACCACAGAGACGGGAUGCUGUACCUGGGCUCCAGGGCCUCGCUGGCCGAUGCUCUACCUCUCCACCUCGGACCCCGGUGGUUCAGUUCGCACAGCGGUUUCAAGUGCCCCGUUUGCUCCAAAUCAGUGGCUUCCGAUGAAAUGGAAAUGCACUUUAUCAUGUGUCUGAGCAAGCCCCGUCUGUCCUACAACGACGACGUGCUCACCAAGGAUUCCGGCGAAUGUGUCAUUUGCCUAGAGGAACUCCUACAAGGAGACACGAUAGCCCGGCUGCCCUGCCUCUGCAUUUAUCACAAGAGCUGUAUAGAUUCCUGGUUUGAAGUCAACAGAUCCUGCCCAGAACACCCGUCAGAUUGACCGCAGGAUCCCACCCGGACUUCUUUCCAGGUCAUCUCACCAUCCACCCUUCUUCCACACACCCACUCCCAACUUCCUCUAAACCAGCUCUGGGACAGCCCCUCCCCAAAGGCAGCCUGGGCCUUUUAGUGUUCAGUUCUGGACUUCAGAGGCAGGGAAGACCCCGCAACAAGCAACUGUCGCUCCACGAGGCCAUACUUGGGGUACCGUCCUGCGGUCCAGGCAGGGGGGCGAAGAAGAGGGCCUGGGGCAGGAGCCAGAGGCCGUGGGCCCCGCCACCCCACAGCAACGCCAUAAUGUUUGUUUGGACUAGAGCCAGCCACGAGCAAAAUGGAUCAAGGACUCUUCCUUCCUGCCCACACGCAGGGGGGGGGGGAGGUGGUAGUUUACCCCUCCCUUUUUAUUUUCUUGGAACAACAAGGCCAUUUCCCCCCCUCCCCUCCUGCCUCCCCCCCACUCUCCCCAGCCUGGAGGAGGAGGAGAAUCAGGUGUUUUUUGUGGCAUUUUUCUGAAGGUGUUGUAAGUUUUCCUUUUCAAAUGUUUACAAAACAGCCACGUCGUGUCAACCAGCGUGCCAGGUGAUGUUUAUAAGGCUGCAUUCUCGGGCAGGUGGGGAGCAGAACUUCCAAGACCUUUUUUCUUUUCUCCUCCAUCAACAAACACCCCCCCCCCCCAAUUGCCAAAAGUCCUUUACUCACACUCCCCUCUCGACCUCCGUGCUGGCUUCAGGGGCUGUUGCAAGUCUCCUGCAACAAGAUCAGUUUUCGGCCCUUUGUGGAGCGCAGGACUGGCCUUUUUCUUAAAGCAACACAAACAGAGGAUACGACACCCACCCACCCACACAGACACACUCCUGCCCUGCCAGUCCACAAUUGAGCACGAAGCAAAGCCUGGCUGAGCCACAGGGUUGGGGAAUUGGGGUGGGGGAACCUCUGAUGGACGGUUUUGACCCGCAAGGGAAAAAAAAAGUAUCUGUAUUUAUAUAGGAAAAAAACAAAAAAAAGAAAACUUUAAAAAUGACAAAAAGGAAAAAAAAAAUCAAAGCUUGGGAAGGUCAAACUUCCCCUAUUAGUCAAGUGUUUUGAUAUGGUAUUCAAUAAUGCUCAAUAAAAUAGUCACUGUUAUUUUA